AUGGGUCAUUGUACAAGUUAAAUUUCACAAAACAAAUCACCACAGAAAUCUACAGGUAGGAAAUUUGGGAUCGGAACUAUGAAAUUCAAUAGUGAGUUAUUUAAUAUUAGAUUGAGCCACCCAUCGAAGUCAUGCCAUCUUAAAAUUGAUGUCGGUGGAUAUUAUAAAUGCGAUACUCCCAAGCAUUUUGAUUUAGAAGGAAAACAUGGUUGGAAGAGAAAAAUAACACUGCAACUCGAAGCAACUGAAAUGUAAUUGAAGGAGAAAUAUUUGGUCUUCUUUCUCUAUGAGGAUGACAAGGAAUUGGCAUAAUUGAAAAUUGCCUUGUAUGACAUCAUUUCAGGCCCUCAAUUCUUUGACUAUCAAAUGGGAAAGGGAAGAAUCUCGUUUAAUAUGAUUAUGGCAUAAAUUCUCCAACUAGAGAUAAAUCCAUAGGAGAUGAUAUGCACUAUGAACACAUGCAUUUAAGAGAAACACUACAUAUUCAAUUUGAAGUUGGUGACUCGCAAAAUGCAAUUCUUGUCUGAAAAUUCGGAGAAAUUCAAUAACCCUGCCUAUAUAAGAGGUAGGAAUGCAUCCUACAAUAACCUCUAAGAUGAGUUGUUCAGAAUACAAUGGCUGAGCACUGACAUGCCUAGAUUGAUUGUGGAAUUACCCAUAAAUGAGAUCUCUAGUUCUUCAUUGCAGGUGUGUGUUUGGAGUAUAAAUAAAUCAACUGAGGAUCUUACACCAACUAGAAAAUCAGUCAAAUCCUUAAAUUAUCAUGUUGAAGCCAUAGAACAAAUCCUGUUUGCUGAAUCUAACAUUGCUUUGAAUUAUCUGUUGCAGAAUCAGCAGGAAUAGUUGGAUGAUCAUAGUAUUCAUAGAUGCAAUUUAACAAAGGGAUUGUGGUAAAGAGGGAAUAAGAUUGGACAGAUGCAAUCAGACUUUAUGAUUAAGAUGCCUGUGUAUAUGAAACAAUAGAUGAUUGGAUUAAGAACAGAGAAGGGAUGCACUAUUGGAACUGGUAUACUAGCCAAUUAAAGUAUAAAGGAAAUUAGUGAAGUAGUUAGUUAGUUUGAAAAAUUGAGCUAGGUAAUGUUUAAAUUAUCAACAAACAAUCAAGUUCCCCAAAAGCAGUAAUUGAUGGCUGAAUUGCAGAACGCGGCUUAAUAAUUGUUAGUAUCUGUAAGUAAGAGUGACAAAGAUUCUCAAUUGAGAUAAUUCUAUUACAAGAGUUAUGAUGAUUUGAUGAAGGGACAAGAGAUUUUCAUAAAAAUUGCAUAGAAUCUCUUGAAUUUUGUUGAUAAAAUAGAAGGUAAUAUUAGAGAGAUCUAUUACGAAAUAUUAUAGAUAGUAUGCACUAGGGGUGAAUUAAGUUUAAGUUCAAUGGGGUAUUUUGAUGAUUGCAAAUAAUUGAACAAAAAACAAUUGAAGUUUAAGAAUCAAAUCUGUUGUCAUUUUUAAUAAUUCCUGUACAAUACAUUAAAUAUGGCAUUACAAAAGAUAUGUUUGAAAGCUAUGUCUCCUAAAGAAAAGGCAUUUGUUGACAAAUUCUUGGCUAGUUCAUUUUUUAAAGUUCCUGAAUUUCGAUAAGCAGUAGUUAAUGCUCUUCAAAAUCCUAAUGAUCCUGAAUUGUCAGAAUGGCGUGGCACUGAUUAUUAAUUAGAUGAUCCUGAGAAUUUCAGAACUGAACAAAUCACUGUAUUAUUUGAUUGGUAAAGUUACUUCUAUAAUUAUUUGCCCUCUAAUUUAAAUAUCAAUGCCAUAUCAAUGAAUUCUGAUGAAGAAUGGCGUAGGAUUAUAGCAAAAAGAAACACAACCUUUUUCUUCUUUGUUUAAGCUCUUUGUUCACACAUCUAAUUAAAAAUCCAAAAAGACAUCAUCCCUUGGAAAGAUAUCCCUGGAUAUCGUAAGAUUUUGAAAGCACUCUUAUGUGAAUUAAAAAUAAGGGAAUCCUAUCCAGAUGCUAUGAUAAAUGCAAUCACUUAAGUUGUUACUAAUGGAGGACCAUUAAAUGUCAUUAUUAUGAUAUUAUUCAAUAAAACUAACAUAUAUUCAAGUGAUAGAGUUGUUCAAGCCAUGGAUUUGAUAAGUUAAUGUAUACAAAAAUGUCAAAUCAUUCCCACCAAUUUUGAUUACACUUUCUUUUUAAAUGGAUUGAGAGUGGCAGUUACACAGAGCGAGAAUGCCUAUGUGAUUGCCAAGAGUUUGCAUCUGAUUUAUAAUAACUAUCUGAUAUUCCCGUUGGAAUUCAAGAAAGCUAUUGUAGACUUCUUAUUUGAAGCUCAAUGUUAUGAAUUGUUUUUGCAUUGGUCUAAGACUGUUAGAAGUGUGUACAUCAGUUUACUCAUAUAUCGUAUCUAUCAUCUACAUAGAAAUAAUAAAAUUUAAAUGAUUGAUGAAAAUUAGUUUGACAAAUAAUACUUCCAAAUUACUAAACCUAAAAGAUUGCAAAGUUACUAUGAGAAUAGAAAGGAAGAGACUUAAUUGAUGAGUGAUUACAUCUAUUUGAAAUAUUCAAGAUUUAUGAUGAACAUUGAGUCAGCCAAAGCCAAAUUUAUCACCAAAUCUGUAACUAAAGAAUUGCCGUUGAUUUAAAGAAUGAAAAUGAAAUUAGAACAGAAAGUCAAAGUGGAAGGCUCAUUCAGAGAUUUGGUUGCAUGUGAAGAAUAAUCUAAAAACUAAAGUACUGAUAAGGACAGAAGAAUUAUGUAUGAGAGGAAAAUAGAAUUCAGAAAUCCAAACAAUAAGAAAACCAUAAUCCUCAAUGAACAUAAUAUCAGAUAUCUUUCAACUGCUUUGAUUGAAUACAACGAGAUGUAGAAACAAUACACCAAAUGGAGAUAAUAAAAUAUUGCUUCAGUUUAAGCUUCCAUAUAAGGAAUGACGGAUGAAGAAAAAGCAGCCAAACUCACUUAAUUCCCAGUUCCUCAAAUUAAACUCAUGCAGACUUACGAUAUGAAGGAAGGCAAAUAAGAAUGA